AUGGGGGCCAUGCCUUGUGACCCACAAGCUUUUGCUCAAUUCUUCCGGGCGUUCGAAACCUUUUAUAGACAAUGUAGGCCUGGGGCGCUGGCGCAUCCUGCCCCGGAACCUUCGCAGGAGGUAAUACCCGACACCCCCCCUAACAAUCAAGGGCGGAAGGGAAUUCCAGCCGCCGUGGGAGGCGGCGCCCAGUCAGAAAACUCGAAUUCAGGGCGUCCUAAUACCCAUGCUCAGGCAGCCAUUACUAGGAGGGCCAACCAAGGCGCCGGAGUUGGUAAGGCAUCAGCAAAAGGGUCUGGCAAGGGGAAGGCCACUGCCAAAGGGACAAGUAGCAAUGCCUUUUCACGAGUGGUAGACAUUCCUAGUGUGUUUCAGGAACAGCAGCCCCAUCAUAGCUCUACCGACGACAGUGCAGGUUCCGGCUUGGAAGAGGAGCACAGGGAGCCUCAAGCUGCUCAGCCAGUAACCAGCGCGAUCGCGGCCAACAGAGAGGUGCAGGGUGGAAAGAGGAAAUCAAAGAAGAAGCACACGUCUGCUAAGAAGAAAAGAAGCAGGCAGUCCGAGACGGAGGACGAUUCAGGUACGUCAUCUUCUGAUUCGGAUAGUGAGGGCCCCAUGGAUGGCUACUGGGGUUUAGGUGAAGGGAAUCACGGGAUCCCUCUUUGGGCGCAUGAAAGGAGAGCCAAUUCUCAUCGUAGGACUUUCAAUGGGGUGCUGGACUGGAAAGAUGGGGCGUUGGUCGAUGACGUAAAGGUCGCCACCAACCAGUCCACUGAUUUCAUAUUGGGCAACCAUUUGUCCCAGAAGAAGAGGAAUAAGAUCCUCAACGGGGACUAUGUUGACAUGUUUACCCUGCUCCCGCCUACUAAACUUAUAGGAAAGGGCGAAAGGAGACGAUCCUCCGGUAAGGGGAGGUACAGGACCCCUAGGGCGGAGCGCACCUUUGAGAAUUGGCUAGAUGGGUACCAGGUUUUCAUGGGUGUUGUUUGUGCUGCUUAUCCUCGGCGCUCCAUGGAUUUGGUUGCUUAUCUGGCUCAUGUUAGACGGGCUCACUCGCUCGCAGGGGAACAGGCCGCUCUAACAUAUGAUGAGAACUUCCGUAGAAACGCUUCUCUCCUCCCUUCCACCCGAUGGGACCUAACGGACCCUAACUAUUGGGGCGAGGACGUUAAUCCCUACAUUGAAAAGAAAAACCAGGGACCAACCAAGGCGGGUAAGACAGAGGUCAAGCGGCGUCGCCUCUGCUGGGAGUUCAACAAGGGUGCAUGCUCGAGACCCUCCUGUAAGUACCUACAUGAAUGUGACCGGUGCUGGGGAAACCACCCCGCCUCUGCAUGCUUCAAGAAUAAGCAGCAGCCCUUUCGGGGAGGCAGGGGGUACUUCCACAACAGCAGUAGAGGUGCCCCCGGAUCUUCAAACCAGGGACCCGGUAACCGCCAGUAAUCCGCAUCUGGGCCUGGCCUUCUCCCCUGUCCGGUUGCAGCCUCUCAAAACCCUGUUAGAUCAAUAUCCUGAUCGAAAAGCCGCGCAAUACCUGUGGGAAGGGUUUUCUAAGGGGUUCAGAAUUCCAGUGGCUUUCCCACCUAACACCGGUGAUCCACAAAAUCAGAAAUCAGUCAGGGAGAGGCCAGAGAUAGUCAGAAAAAAGAUUGAGAAAGAAAUUAGGGCAAGGAGGGUGGCCGGCCCCUUCGCAGAGCCCCCCUUGGAAGGACUACACCUAUCCCCGUUGGGCAUAGUGCCAAAAAGACCCGGGAGAGUUCCGAAUGAUCCACAACCUCUCCUACCCAAGGGGAGGUUCAGUCAAUGACGCCAUUCCCCAGGAACUUUGUACAGUGAAAUACGCCUCCUUCGACCAAGCAGUAAAAAUGAUCCGCAGAUUUGGAAUAGGAGCGCUUCUUGCCAAAUGUGACAUUGAGUCGGCGUUUCGUCUCCUUCCCGUCCAUCCGGCCGACUUCCGUUGGUUGGGCUUCAGGUUUGAAGGAGCAUAUUUCAUUGACAAGGCAAUGCCUAUGGGCUGCUCCGUGGCUUGCUCAGCCUUCGAAUCGUUCAGUACAUUUCUAGAUUGGGCUCUAUGCUUCAGGACCGGGUCUUUAGGUGUGUCCCAUUACCUCGAUGAUUUUAUUUUAGUGGCAGAUAGCAGGCAGCGAUGUUCCGCCCUCUUGGAGUCCUUCACUGCCCUAGCCGAGGAGCUAGGGGUACCUCUAGCCGCCGAAAAAACUGAAGGCCCAGCCACCUCUAUGGUCUAUCUGGGAAUUGAGUUGGACACCGUGGCCCAGACGUCCAGGUUGCCCGAGAGCAAGCUGCUUGCUCUUAAAGCCUUGAUACAACAGUUACUGCCCCUACGGAAGGUUACCUUAAGGCAAAUUCAAACCCUGCUAGGACACCUAAAUUUUGCCUGCAGGGUAGUGUCGCCAGGGCGCCCUUUUGCGGCCGUCUGGCCAGGCUGUCUGCGGGUCUUAGGGCCCCACAGCACAGAGUACGCCUCUCCAAGGAAGUCAAGGCGGAUUUGGAAAUGUGGUUACAAUUCCUCGACAAGUACAAUGGUAUAUCCUUGUGGCAGGAUUCCUUGGUACUUGACGCUGAUUUCCAAGUUCAGUCGGACGCAGCAGGUUCUUUGGGUUUUGGAGUUUAUUUCAGGGGCCAGUGGUGUGCCCAGAAGUGGCCUGCAGAGUGGCAGGGCCAGCCCAUUACUCGGGACCUUACUUUCCUGGAGUUUUUCCCUAUUGUGGUAGCGGUGCAUCUCUGGGCAGAGCAGUUCCGCAAUCACAGGGUUUGUUUUAACACUGAUAACCAGGCUGUUGUAGCUGUUCUUUCUAGACAAUCCGCGCGUUCUACCAGGGUGGGAAACUUGCUACGGUCCUUUGUCCUCCUUUGCUUGGAGCAGAAUAUAUACUUUCCCGCCAAAUUCGUACCUGGCGUCAAUAAUGACAUAGCGGAUGCUCUAUCUCGUUUUCAGAUGGAGCGCUUCCGCUCAUUAGCGCCGGAUGCAGAGCAAUCAUCGAUGUCGUUCCCGGAGCAUCUCUGGAGCCUUGGGAACAGGAAGUGAUGAAGGGAGUAUUCGGUGCAGUCGCCCCUUCCACAAUCAGAUCAUAUAGGAAGGCUUGGGCUGACUUCUUGAAGUUCCGCGGCGGUAUUCCGUACGCUAGGCAGACUGCGGUGCCCUCUACGAGGAAGGUCCUUCGUUAUUUAACCCAUUUGAAGGAGCUGGGCAGGGCACCGAAGACUCUCAAUAUUCAGUCAGCUGGGAUUUCCUAUUUUUGUAAAGCAUUUUUCGCCACUGACCCGUGUGCGCAAUUUAUCGUGCGUAAGACUUUGGAGGGUUGGCGCCGGCAGCAGCCUCCCAGCUCUGACAAGAGAAAACCCAUAACGUAUGACAUUCUGUGCCAGAUACACAAAAAAUUACGAGAAAUAUGUUGGUCAAAGUAUGAAGCUCGCCUAUUCUCGGCCGCUUAUUCCAUAGCCUUCUUUGGUGCCUUGCGCAUAGGUGAGGUCGUCUGCGAGGGGGGGAUGGCCCACUGCCAGAGGGGCAUCCUUUUAAGUGAUCUGACCCUAUCAGAGACUGACCUAAUAAUUCAAGUACGGAGCUCUAAGACGGACCAACAGGGUAGGGGGGCUCUCCUGCGUUUACCAGCAGCACAAGCUAGUGGUCCAUGCCCGGUUAGGGAUACGAGGCGUUUCCUCUACUUAAGACCCAAGGGUCCCGGCCCCUUGUUUAUUCACGCGGAUGGAUCGCUCUUGGCUAGGCAUCAGUUUACGAGGGUGAUGCGCAUGGCAUUGGCCGCCUGCGGACUGCCCGCGACUGAAUUUGCAGCUCACUCUUUCCGGAUCGGGGCAGCGACAACUGCAGUGCACCUUGGGCUCUCCGCAGAGAGGAUAAAGGACUUGGGGCGCUGGAAAUCUAACGCAUACAAAGCUUAUUUAAGAAAGAACCUAUGACUAGCGAUUGUUCCCCUGACCUUGCUUUUCCUGUUUAUUUGCCUUUCAGAAUGCAAGCGGGUGCGCAUUUGGUUGGUGGGCCACAGCAUCGUGCACUGGGCCAAAAAUCGUGCUACGGCAAACGGGUUGGGUCUGAAUUUGAGCUUGCCUGCAAAUGUCGAACUGCUGUGGAUAGCGCGAAGGGGCAUGCGCUGGAGUGAAUUCAAGCCAACGGUGAUGGCGAGAGCCGCCUCCGAGGGUCCACCCGAUGCGCUGGUUAUCCAGUUGGGUGAAAACGACCUAGCGUACCGGAAAGCUAUUGACCUCAGAUGGAACAUCUUUGACGAUUUCGCCAAUCUGAGGGCGGUCUACCCAAACAUUACUAUCCUGUGGUCCUCGUUGCUUGAGAGGAGGACGUGGAGGGAUUGUGUGAGCCCGGUUGGAAUCAAUAAAGCAAGAAAGGUCUUGGAGCGGGCUGUGGAGCGUAGAGUGGCGGCUCUGGGCGGGUGCGUCAUAAGACACCCAGGCAUCCAGUACAGCAACGAGGCCCUCUACAGAUGGGAUGGCGUGCAUCUGUCAGAUGCUGGAAACGAUAUUUGGCUGGGGGACAUCAUAGCAGGGAUUAGGAAUUGGCUACAGGUUUGAAGGUAUUGGCGGCGAGCUUUGCUCGAGUGGCGGUUAGGCAUUGGCAGGGGUUUAUUGUUAUGCAAAUGAGUGGGGGGGAAGGAAGCGCCAUCACCUUCCCCCAAGAGAAGGGUAGUCCGGUAAAGGACUCCGGUGGGGUGUGGCCUUGUCCGAAACCUAGGGAGGUGAGGGCCCCUGGCACGCCCCCGAGCGGUGACACCCGUGGGAUCCUAGUUGGCGUACUUCAACAGGACUCCCACGGUUUGUGGUUAACCCUCCCCGGUCAGCGUGCCGGGUAGUCGAUAGGAGCCAAUGCCUAAGGCCAAUACCUUUCAAUUCUGUAAUCAAUAAAGUUGUGGCCUAUUUACGCCCAUUAACCUUAAACAAUGUGUCCAGUGUCUUCAUUUCACAUGGGGGAGGGGUCUAGCCACGCAACAGCCCAGACCCUCCAUCUCCCAGAACCCGGAGGGACUUAAAAGUAGGAGAGCAAAGACUUCGAAGACAGAGGACACUUAGCAAUACCCGUAGAGGAGAUGAUGUUGAUGAUGACAAACGAGGAAGUGGGAGAGACAAGAGGUAGAGAUUCACUGGGGACAACAUAAUUAUCCAAGAGUCUGGGUUCUAUACCCUCCCUCUGUAAAGUCUGAAAUAAAAAAGGAUUCCUUGUCUCUAUGGAUUCCUGGGGAACCAGCAAGGAGCUGCUGACAGUGUCCUGACAGAUUGUCCCGAGUCAACAUUAGUUGCCGGUUAAGUUAUAAAUCAUGACAGACUGUGCAGGAUCUGCCGGGGGGAGCCUCCCAACACUGAUAACUGGCAAGAACAAUUAUCAAAAUGCCGAAAUCUCAAGGGCAGAGGCAGAAACACAGAAAUGGUCAGGAAACACACACACACACACACACACACACACACACACACGAUUCCCCCAUCAAAGUUCAAUGGAGAGUCUCCCCUGCAUGAAUGCUUAAGGACCCCGUUCCUGCCAUUCACCACCUGGCCCAGGACGGGGCCUGACAGGCCUCAUAAGGACGGCUACCGCUGCUGCUGUUCCUGCCCAGGAGGACUCAGAACAGCGCAGAGUUCUUUAAUAAACAAACAAACAAACAAACAAACAAACAAAUAAAUAAAUAAAAAUUACCUUUUAUUUUAUUGGGGGGGGGUGGAUGUAUAGUCAGGUUUGGGAAUUUGUUUAAUUUUGGCAUGUUUGUAAUUUUUACUGUUUUUGGUUUGUAUUGCUUUAUUGUUUUAGUCUCUCUCUCUCUCUCUCUCUCUCUCUCUGUGUGUGUCUGUUUUAAGGGUUUUAUUUUGUUCUUAAGCGAAGGGGUCAGGGCUGCCUGGGAGUGGGUCCCAGCCAACAAAAUGGCUAUAAGUUGGGUCAGCCUUAUUCAGGGACAGCCCCAUGGAGGCCAUGCUUUCCACGAAGUCCUGAGUGGCCCCUUGUAAGGUUGUGUUGGCAUGGAUGUUAAAAUCCCCUAGAACAACCAAACUAGGUGUUUCCAGGAGAACAUCUGCCAUGACCUGAAGCAGCUUGGGCAGGGAAUCCUUGGUGCAGUGGGGAGGUCAGUACAGCAAAAGGAAUCCUGUAGUGCCCCUAUUGCCCAACUUCCAGAACAUGAACUCAGAAAACUAGGUCUCCCCAAUACAACGCCUGGUGCAAACUAAUGACUUCCUAAAAAUCACUGCAACCCCCCCUCCCUGCCCACAAGGCCUGGGUUGCUGUUUAUAAGAAUGUUUUCUACUGACAACCUGUCAGCCAGCUUGAAAUAAUAUUGUAUUUGUUAUGUACUGAAGUUCUCACCCUGGGCCAGCAGGGGGAUACUGUAGAUAGUUAUGCAAAUGAAGGAUCGAAAGUGACGUUCAGUGAUUGGAUAGUUUUAGAAAGUUGCUAUAGUUACAUUGUUCUGGAGCUCUAUAUAAGCAGGCUGACUGAGCUCUUCAGCUCAGUUCUGUUCUGGCCUCUGAAUAAUCAAGAGCGGUUUGAAGAUUCGCUGUGUCGUCUGAUAUGUUUGCCCACAACUUAACACUGGCGACGAGGAUGGGAUCGAUGGACAUCAGAGCACAGCCAGAUGCGGCCACCCUCUGAACUGAGCUGAAUCACUGAGCGAAAUCACUGAGCGAAAUCACUGAAGAGAACCAAUUCAGAGCUGACUUUUCUGGCUAGAGCACUGUGUUCCAUCCAUCGCCCUUCAUGUCGGCAUUGGAAUCAUGGCUUCACUUGUGCCUCUACCGCCAUUUGCGCCAACCUCUGAAUCAUGGGACUCCUACCUUGCUCGGUUCGACUGCUACCUCCAAGCCAACAAGCUGACAGAAGUAUCAAAGGAAUGGAAGCAGGGCCUAUUCCUCAGCCUCUGUGGGCCUGAGGUGUUUGAGACGGCCAGAGCAUUGUUUGCGCCUGAAGCAGUACAGGCAACAACAUGGGACACGAUUCAAGAGAAGCUCCGCAACCACUAUGCGCCAAAGCUGUCCAAGAUUGCUGCCCGCCAUGCAUUCUACCACCGGAACCAGUCAGAGGGGGAGUCAAUUAACAACUACACUGCCGCCCUCCGACAAGCUGCAAUGCACUGCGAGUUCUGAGACUUAGACGAUGCCCUGAUGGAUCGAAUCAUCUGUGGGGUCUGGGACAUCCGUCUGCGUCUCCUUGCCAAGCCAGACCUCACGCUACAGGAAGCCAUUGAGGAGGCCGUGGCCUCGGAAGCUGCUGAACGCUCCGCCCAGGAGAUCCGCAAGGCCAGCAGCCCGCGUCUUGGUAAGAAGCCAGUUCCAGUGCAUCAUGAAGAGGCCAGCAGUGAUGAGGCAUCCUCCAGUGAAGACGAUGAUGUGCACCAGACAAAGCGGGAGUGCAGGGCGUUCCAAAAGAAGUCCAAGUGCCAAUUGGAAUGUGCCGACUGUGGAGGCAACCAUUCCCGUGCCAAGCGUCGAUUCAGAGAUGCCAUCUGUCGGAAGUGUUCCAGAAGGGGCCACAUCGCUAAGGUCUGCCGAUCGGCUCCAUCUGACACCCCCCCUUCACCGAUUCGCAAGUCCAAGUCUUCACUCCAGUCCGCCAAGGAAAGCUGUUUCGCUCUCAUCAACUGCCGCUGCCCGUCUGGAACCACGAUUGGCCAAACCGACUCGCCUACGCGAUGCAAGCUGAACGUCAUGGUGCUCAUUGAAGGAGCUCCAUGUCACAUGGAGAUCAACAUCGGGUCUGCCCUGUCCAUCAUGUCUUGGAGCACCAUCGAAAGACUGAUACCCAGAGUGUCCAAAAGGCAACUCGACUCUCACUGUGUACACCUGAGAGACUACCAGGGAAAAGAUAUUCCUGUGGUAGGCGUUGGCCGGUUCCGGAUCGCCUUCAAGGAUUUUUCAGGCCUGCUCCGACUGGUGGUGGUCGAAGGUCAGUGGCCAAGCCUCCUAGGGUUUGAUGCCCUCGGCCUGGAAGUCACCGGCAUCAACUGCAUGUCUAACGCAGAGACUGAGGGUCUGGUCAAAGACUUUGCCAAGGUUUUUGAUGGCACUUUGGGGCAAUAUACAGGUAUGCCCAUCUCCUUUAGCCUUGAUCCACAAGUCGCCCCCAUGAAGCUAAAGCCACGCCGGGUUCCCUUUGCUCUCAAGGCUAAGGUGGACGAACAACUGGACAAGCUGAUCGCCCAAGGAGUUUUGGAGCCGGUUGACCACACCAAGUGGGAAACCCCCAUCAUCACGCCUGUCAAGCCAGACGGGUCAGUGAGAAUCUGCGCUGACUACAAGUGCACGAUCAACAAGGCACUUCAGCAGCAUGCUUAUCCGGUUCUUGUUGUCCAACACCUGCUGCAUUCCCUGGGUGAGUGUAAGGUCUUCGCUAAGCUGGACCUUGCCCAAGCCUGUCAACAACUGCCCGUCGAUGAUGCCACUGCUGAAGCCCAGACGAUCGUCACCCACCGAGGGGCAUUCCGUUGCCGCCGGUUGCAGUUCAGAGUGAGUGUGGCUCCUGGCAUCUUCCAAAGCCUUAUGGAGCGUCUCCUGCAAGGGCUUCCGGGCGUGGUACCAUAUUUUGAUGACGUCUUGCUGUCUGCAGACUCACACCAGCAGCUGUUCGAGCGCCUCCGUGCCUUGCUGACCUGGUUCCAGGAGGCUGGGCUCAAGGUAAAGAGGGAGAAGUGCCAGAUCGCCGUUCCACAGGUGGAGUUCCUGGACUAUCUUAUCAACGCCUCCGGCCUUCACCUGACCACAUCCAAGAUCCGCGCUAUCCAGCAGGCCCUCAUCCCAAAGAACAAGACGGACUUGCAGGCGUUCCUGGGACUGCUGAACUUUUAUAAUGUUCCUGCCCCACAAAGCCACGGUGGCUGAGCCUCUUCACCGACUCCUCAGCACAAAGGCACCUUGGUCCUGGGGUCAUCGGGAGAUGGCGGCCUUCAAGGCGGUCAGAGCCCUCCUUUCAUCGGACAGUGUGCUGAUACAGUACACUGAAGCCAGGCCACUGGUCCUUGCCUGCGCCGCCUCACCUUUUGGCAUCGGCACUGUCCUUAGUCACUGUUUUCCAGACAGAAGAGAAGCACCGCUCGCCUACUUUUCCACGACACUAUUUCUGACUGAACGGAAUUACAGCCAGCUCAACAAGGAGGCACUGGCACUUGUGGCUGGAGUGAAGAGGUUCAAUGAAUACCUCUACGGCAGGACUUUUGACCUCAUCACUGACCACAAGCCACUGCUGGGCCUCCUCGCCGAUGAUCGUCCAACUCCACCCGUCCUCUCGCCACGCAUGCUGCGAUGGACUGUUUUCCUGGCUGCCUACCACUACCUGCUCGCCCAUCGCCUGGGGAAAUCGAUGGGCCAUGCUGACGCCCUCAACCGUUGCCCUCUUCCAGCGUUUGUGGAAGACCCGGCUCCUGCUUCAUCGCUCCUCCUGAUUGAGGAUCUUCCAGCAGCGCCUGUAUCGGCUGCCUCUGUGGCCUCCGCAUCUGCCCAGGAUCGCACCAUCAGCUGUGUGCUUAACUGGGUAUGGAGGGGGUGGCCACAAGGGCCUUUUGCAUCAGAGUUCCUGCCGUUCGCAACCAGACAACAUGAACUCUCAGCUCAUCGCGGCUGUUUGCUGUGGGGAGACCAUGUCGUGUAUUCCCCAAAGACUCCGUCAACGUGUCCUGGAGGCUCUGCACGUUGGCCACCCGGGAAUCGUCAAAAUGAAGGCGUUGGCUCGGUGUUACGUCUGGUGGCCUAACAUGGAUGAUGCCAUCACUGCCUAGGUUUCCGCCUGUCAAUCGUGCCAAGAAUCAAGGCCUGCACCACCGGCAGCUAAGGGACACACCUGGGAGAUGCCCAAGACACCCUGGUCGAGGGUGCACAUUGAUCUGGCCAGUCCCUUUCACGGCUGGACCUUUAUGGUAGUGGUGGAUGCCUAUUCCAAAUGGCUGGAGGUGGCCCUGAUGCCCUCCACCACUACCGAGGCCAUCAUCCGGGUGCUGCGAGGCCUCUUUGCGACGCAUGGGUGUCCUGAUGUCCUUGUCUCCGAAAGCGGACCGCAAUUCACGUCAGGCACUUUUGAGCGGUAUCUUUUGGGACUGGGCAUCCGCCAUGCCCUAACGGCACCAUUUCAUCCAUCCAGCAACGGGCAAGCAGAGAGAAUGGUGCGCUCAGCAAAAGAGGCACUGGUGUGCCUGGACCGGGGAGGCUGGCACGAGCGGGUCGCCAAAUGCUUGUUCGUACUACACAUCACCCCUCAUGCGGCCACAGGGUGGAGUCCUGCCGAAAUGCUUAUGGGCCACUGCCUCAGGUCCCCGCUCACCCGGCUGCACCCGGACUUUGCCGUGGCCAAACCCCCAGGCUGUGCCAACGCGCCAUGGUCAUUUGUUCCAGGAAACCAGGUCUUUGCCUGGAACUUUGUGGGGAACAUUCCUUGGGUGCCAGCCACAGUAGUGGGAGUCACUGGACCUCGCUCAUACCAGGUGGCACUCGAAGACGGACACUUGUGGUGCUGGCACAUAGACCAGCUUAGGCGCAGGGUUGGGGACUUGGACACUACCAUGGUGCCCCCAACUGCGCUUGUGGCUCCGGAACAGACACUUACAGAUGGUGAGGCUCCACCUACACCUCUCUCGCAAACUGCCGGCGUGGAGCCGAACCAAGCCAUUUCAGAGCGUCUGCCAGACUUACCACAGACUCAGAGCACUGCCGUUCCUGACAUUCCGCCAACUCCACUUGUGGAGGUUCCACCCACAGCAGCGGAUCCAGGGGACUUGGUUUCAACGCCACCUAGGGUCGCACCACAGCCUCAGCAAGAAUUGGGUGGGUGGGCCGCCCCCCCGGACUUGGUUACCAGUCCGCGGCGGUCUGGCAGAGUUUCCAAGUGCCCAACUUAUUUAAAGGACUAUGUUGUUGGACAUGUAUCACUGUUGGUCUAAGUAUGUGAAAUGUAACCAAUAUGCUUUUGUGCCUAAUUGAACCAUUACGUGUAGUGCUGUAUAUAAGGAAACCAUUACGAUUAUAACUAACGCCUUAUCUCGGUGGGGAGGGUGUUAUGUACUGAAGUUCUCACCCUGGGCCAGCAGGGGAUACUGUAGAUAGUUAUGCAAAUGAAGGAUCGAAAGUGACGUUUGUUGGCUUUUUGCAGUAUAGUAACGCUGCAGAGAGCUUGCUGGGGAGACCAUGCAUUAAAAAGGGACUCAAAAAUAACUUAAACAAGGUUUUAAUUACAAAAACAAAAAUUCCUUAUACACUAAAUACAUCAACAACAAACCAGACCCAACCACCAACCCAUCCCCCAGGGUAAUGGGAGAGCUAGGUGCUGCUCCUUAUAUACUACACCCAAUUGCCAACACAGCUUAAUCAAUACAACUCAGCAGCACUUGCUAUGUUUCACAGCUGUAAAGCUGGGUCUCAUUAUCUUGCUCUGGCCCUUGCUCUGGCCCCUUAAAGACAUACACAUUGGGUGGAACAGUGAUGAACCUUUACAUUUAAAGAAACCAUUCAACAACGUUCAGUGAUUGGAUAGUUUUAGAAAGUUGCUACAGUUACGUUGUUCUGGAGCUCUAUAUAAGUAGGCUGACUGAGCUCUUCAGCUCAGUUCUGUUCUGGCCUCUGAAUAAACAAGAGCUGUUUGAAGAAUCGCUGUGUCUUCUGAUAUGUUCGCCCAUGAUACGGCGGGGGGGGGGGCAUGCCUUCUUCACCUUCUUCUUCGCUACAAUAUACCCAUUUAUUUCCAAGUCCAAUUGUCAAUGUCAAAAGGGACUAAAAUCUUUAAAAUUCAUAGAAAAUCAACGUGCCAAUUUGCUCAAUUUCUCUAGGACUCCAUGACACCUCCCCUGUCCUCCAUAAUCCCUCAAGCGAGGUGUCACGUACUCUCAGGAAGACCCUAAUCCUCUCAAAUCACUCUGCCAAGCCUUUCCUCCGGGCAAUGCCAGGUGGCAGACUAUGCAUACAUGGACCAUUGUCUUCUCAUCACCGGUACUCAGGAUGUGCUUAUCUGCGCAUAUCUCCAGCUCUGCAUAUUCCACCCUCCCUCCUCCACAUGUUAAUCCUGUGUAACCCAACCUCUUCUUAAUGUAUUCAUGAUGUAAUCGGUGUAACCCAACCUCUUCUUAAUGUAUUCAUGAUGUAACUGUGAUGUAUUUUGCACUGUAUUCUGGGACAUGGAGGGAAGUUUUAAAAGUUCAUGUCACCCCUUUCUCGCUGUUCAAUCUCGCCUUGAACCUGUUGCGCAAUAAACUUGGAUCUUCUGCAGCUUGCUCCUGUCUCCGGCUGAGCUCAUUUUCCUCCGCAGGGACCCGCGGACUUAGUCCGACAAGCUGGGUGGCAGAGCAGCCUUGCACCCAGAUUUUACCGUAACAGCCCACAACUCAACAGUAUUCUCCUGUUAAUUAUUUGCAUUUUGUAUUUGACUACGUGUGGGGUUUUUUUUUGGGGGGGGUAUUGAGUUGCUUUUUAUUUUUAUUAGGUAUUAUGUGGUAUUAUAUCUUAAUUUUAUUCUGUGAACUGCCCUGAGACCCCCAAUUAUAAAGCGGUAUAUUAAAUAAGUAAGUAAGUAAGUGACGCGGGUGGCGCUGUGGGUUAAACCACAGAGCCUAGGACUUGCUGAUCAAAAGGUCAGUGGUUCGAAUCCCUGCAACAGGAUGAGCUUCCGUUGCUCGGUCCCUGCUCUUGCCAACCUAGCAGUUCGAAAGCACGUCAAAGUACAAGUAGAUAAAUAGGUACCGCUCUGGCAGGAAAGUAAACGGUGUUUCCGUGCGCUGCUCUGGUUCGCCAGAAGCGGCUUAGUCAUGCUGGCCACAUGACCCGGAAGCUGUAUGCCGGCUCCCUUGGCCAAUAAAGCGAAAUGAGCGCCGCAACCCCAGAGUCGGCCGCAACUUUACCUAAUGGUCAGGGGUCCCUUUAAGUAAGUAAAUAAGUAAGUAAGUAAAUGGCUUAGUCAUCCUCUAUGGUGUAAAGGAGAAGGGAAUGGACAGGUUGGCCAAUUAUUAUUGUGAAAGGUGCCCUUCCUUCAGGUAACCGCAAGGGUCCAGCAAUGUGAUGGGAACAGGUGAGGGGUGAGUUAUUUAUCUGAGUGAUACAUCCCCCUGGCACUGCCUAUCCUCCUCAUAAACUUUUUGUUUCAUCCAACCUAUCUCCUUGUGAAACAUGAAUGCAGCAGAUCUGAAUGUUUGCGAUCUGUAAUUGGGAUCUAACUUCUGUGGAAACUGCUAUGACUACCAGAUUUCAGCAAUAUCUUCCCACAAGCAUGAGAUUUUGGCAACGUUCUCUUCUAUGUCAGCCGAAGUCAAAACGUCCCAAAGAUAUUAAAAUGAUGGGAAGCAUGGGUGCAGCCAAAAUUUAUUUUAGGGGGGCCUAUGAAGUUGUGCCUCCGUUAGAUGCUCUUCUGAAUGAACUUUCCUUUCACUUGUGGACCAUGGUAUUUAUUCUCCCUCUACACAGGAUUUGGCCUGUCACAAACUGAUUGUAUCUGCCUCCCGUUCGUUUGUCCUGCUGUCUUCACUGACAUUGGGAGCUGUCCACCACUGUAUAAUUGUUGCAGAAGGGAACUUCAGCUUAGCAAAGGAGAAUCAAACAAGUGUCCAGAGGAAAGUAUCAUUUCUCCUCCCCACGCCCUGCCCCUCUUGUAGCAUUUUUGGAUUGAUCAUUUUGAGGAGCCUCUGAUCUGAGUAGCUCUAGGCUACCACCCUAAAUGGACAUCCCUUCUCGGAUUUAGGCAAAGGAGGCAGUGAACUGAGAAAAUAUUUCCAUUAAGUAAAACUUGGAAAACUUUUAUGAUGCCUGCUAACAUGAACAAUAGGUUUCUUUACAAGUUGAUGACCAUUUAUUUGAUUCCAGUUUAACCUCCUUUAAUAUAGCAUUUGUCUGCUAUAUCCAUUUGAGUUUUCCAUUGAAACUUUAUUAUUUCAUCCAUUAUGUAAAAACUGCAUCGAUACAAACUCAUCUCUUCUCCGUCCCUCUUCCCUCCCUUCUGUGUCUUAGAGCCAUUCUGUUCCUUCAGAAACAGAAUUAACCAAAACAAAACUCAUUAUAGUCAUUAUGUAGGUUGAUUAUACAGCCUGCAAGAUUUACAGUUGUCUUAAUUAGGUUUUUCAUUAAUUAAACAACCACUGGCAGUACAACGUAUCUCUAAUGCAACCUUUUUAUUACACAGAAUGUCAUUUUCAUACAGCAGUGAGUACCAGCUACCUGUUCCAUUAGUUACACAAAGCAUCAAUUACUUAAGUGGUCCCUGAAUACAUCGCCCUUUGAUUGCAAGCUUAAUUGGUUGCACAGCCAGUUGUUUUCAUGCCUUGUCAAUUGCAAAAAAGAAACCUAUGGCAGAAUCAGCCGAGGCGGCACUUCCCGUUUUGCCCCAAAUGGCAGCGAUCUUUUCCAAAAUCAGUGCUGAUGAUGUUGAUGCUUCUCUUCCACUGGCAGAAGCAGCAGGGCAGGAGGGGCACCCAUGGGCAUUGUGCCUGGUUGGGGGCUUCUGCCACCUGGAGCAGCGUCCUCACCUGCCUCAAGGCUCUGGGAUCAGCCCUGUCUUUGGUUGCUUUGCUCUGUGAGGUUUUGCCAAUUCCUCUUGGUCAAAUCGUUCAAUCGCAUGGUAUUUGAUUGUUUAGAUUAAUAUGCAGUUUCAUCUAUUGUUUAUCUCAGUGGAAAGGGAUCACCAUAACUAUCCAUCCUAAAACUUCAAUAGCUGCUGGGCAUUUGCUCACUGUGAUCUUCUCCCCUCCAUCUUGUUUGAAUACCUGAGGAUUAAAAGGUACAUGUAAAAGACCCCUGACAGCUAAGUCCACUUAAAAAAGGGAAAAGGAUGAUGAUGAUGAUGAUUGGAAGAAUGAGAAAAAGGACAAGAGAGCAUGUGAAGAUUGCCCUUCCUUCAAGUAAGCAAAGAGUCCAUCAUUACACCUUUGAAAUCUCCUUGCCCUGCAUGUUCCACUCAACCUCUUCAAUCAGUGGACUUGAAUCUCUUUUUUUUGGAAGAAAUGUUUGAAGCUAUUACUACUACCAGUGCUAUUUCCUUGGGGGAUGCAGGGGUAACGCAUACCCCUAAACAUUUUGUGAAUCUAAGUUUUGCCAGAUUGAGGAGCAGUAUUUCAAUAUGAGUAGGAAAAUGAGAGUACCCCUAAACAUUUUUUAGGGGGGGAAAGCACAAGCUACUACUAAGAAUAAUCAUUGUAGGAGGCGAGCAUGUGAAAACUGCCCUUCCUUCAUGUAACCGCAAGGGUCCAGCAAUGUGAUGGGGACAGGUGAGGGUGAAUCAUUUACCUGAGGGAUACAUCCCCUAGCACUGCCUAUAUGGGGCAUUGCAUCCUCCUCAUAAAUGUUUCAUUUGAUUCAAGCUAUCUCGCUCUGAAACAUGAAUACAGCACAUCUGAAUGUUUGUGAUCUUACUUCUGUGGAAACUGCUAUGAUUGACAGAAUGCAGGAAUGUCUUUGCAGAGGCACGUGAUUUUGGCAACGUUCUCGUCCACGUCAGCCUAAGUCACAACGUCCCAAAGAAAUUAAAAUUAUGCAAUCUACUUCUCCCUCCCAGCCCUCUCUUGGCAAGGUUUGGGGCUCCAUUUUGCUUAAUAGCUGGCUUUGCCUGGCUUUGCCACCACAAUUCAUCCUGAGCCAUGAAGAUCCUUCACCUGUGCUUGGCAGUUCUCUGUUUGCUGCUCCUGGCUUCCCCAGGUAAGGGAUGGAGAGGAAGAAGGCAGAGGGACACAUGCCAGCCAUUUUUGGGGUGGAAGAGGGAGAGGAGUACAGUUGCUGUUCUGUGGCCUUGCAAAGGAAGCUCACUUUUCUUUCUAGAGACGUUUCUUUAGUGGUAAUCUCUUUAGUGGGAAUUCUUUGCAUAAAAAUGUAUAUAUCUGACAAAAUUGCCUACGAAAGUGUGUCUACUAGGGAAAAUAUGCACUGUGUUGCUGAAUUUCCCCCCAUUAUGCCCAUAAUUGCUAUGCAAUUUCCCUAUUAUAACCUAUAUUUUCAUGCUAUUGUCAUGAAAUUACACUUUUCAGGUAUAUUUUUAAACACAUUACUUGGAGGGAGAGCUGACUUUUACAGGACAACUGUGCUUUGAUGUUCACAUGUUGACUUCAUUAUGGCACACUAAUAUAAGGAAAAAAGGACGUGGGUGGCCCUGUGGUUUAAACCACUGAGCCUCUUGGGCUUGGCGAUCAGAAGGUUGGCGGUUUGAAUCCCCACGACGGGGUGAGCUCCCAUUGCUCGGUCGCAGCUCCUGCCAACCUAGCAAUUCGAAAGCACAUCAAAGUGCAAGUAGAUAAGUAGGUACCGCUCUGGCGGGAAGGUAAACAGCUUAGUCAUGCUGGCCACAUGACCCGGAAGCUGUCUCUGGUCAAAUGCCGGCUCCCUCAGCCUGUAAAGCGGGAUGAGCGCACAACCCCAGAGUUGUCUGCAGCUGGACUUAACUGUCAAAACAGUCCUUUACCUUUUUAUUAAUAUAUGGAAAAUGGCAUCGCAUGUAAAACUGGUAAGGAAAAACAAAAGUAGCCUCUUCUUUGCUCAGUUUGGUUAGAUUUUAUGGAAUUCUAUGCAAAUUUAUGGCAUAUGUUUUAGAAAAUAAAAUUUUGAUUUGUCUCUUCCACAGGUCUGCCAAUAAAUUUGGGGUAUAAAGUUUCUAAUUAGUUGGAAAUGUUUCUUGAUGUAGUAUACAGCCUUUUAUUCUGGGUAGUCCUAGGGGCUCUGAUGGCUUCAGUUACAGGCUUUAGUUUCUCUAUAACUAGUAAGCCAUGUGUGCCUCACUUCUUGCUGUCGUGUUUCGUAGACUGACACCCUCCACUCAUGAGCAAAUAUCUGGAUAAGCAGAUUGACCAUUUCUUCUUGUGAAUGUAGCAAGGGUGGUAAACACCAGUGGCCAGUGGCAAGGGGUGGGGUGGGGUGGGGUGGGGGGUAGGAGUUGGGAUCCCACAGCACCCAGAGCGUCACAGAACCACUCCUGUUCAAAGGGCUGUGGAGUUGUUCCUCUCUUUCAUCCUAUUGUGAAUUAACUUCCUUCUCCCCACUUAUGUUUGUUUCUCUCUUUGCACAGGAUCUGCACAGGCCACAAAGGCUAGGCAAUGCCUUAACACCAAAGGUGGUAAUUGCUACCCUAUGCGUUGUCCCGAUACUCAUAAAAAGAUUGGAGAGUGUUUUCCUAGUUUUCCCUGUUGCAAAAGGUAAUUUCAACUUACCAAAAGAGAAUUACACCUCCUGCCCUUCUGCCAUUACCCUCUGGAUUGAUCAUUUUAAGUACCCAAGGCAGCGUCCCCUAAACUGAUCAUCCUUUGCCUGCAAGCUCAAUUGCUCCAUUGCAAAAUAAAAUAAAAAUACCUAUGCCAGAAUCAGCCAAGGGUGGCACAUCCCAUUUUUCCACUUGAUGCAAAAUGGUAAUUGCUGCUUUGCCAUUCUGCCGGCACGGCUCCUAAGCCCAUCUACCUGCUCCUCCUUCCAUGGACUGAUCUGCCGCUGACACACACCAUACCCUGUUGGUUGCAGGCACAGAAGUGGCACUACCAUUGUUGCCCAUUUUAAGCAAGAUGUGCCAAGUUCUUUCGCCACAGGCAGAACCACCAGGGCAGGAGGGGCACCAGUGGGUUUUUUGUCUGAGGGGCUUCUGCCACCAGAAGCAGGGUCCUUACCUACCUCAUAGCUGGGCCAGCUGUCUUUGGCCCCUUUGCCCUGUGAGCUUAUGCCAGUUUGCCUUUGCCAAAUCCCUAAACCACACCGUAUGGGCACAUUUAAUUUGUUGUGCAGCUUCAUCCAUUGUUUAUCUCAGUGCCUAAGGGAUGUCUAUUCUGCAGCUUUAACAGAUGCUGGGCACUUAUUCUGUGUGGUGUCCUGCCCUCCACCGUUUAAGAUUACCUCAGUUUCACAUCCCAUACAUUCCAUGCAAAUCUCCCACUUUCAAUUCCAAGCAGAUUCAUUAUUAUUUUAUCUUUUAAAGAAAGAAGCUGAGGCAGUAUACUUUUGUCUUGGGUCCUGGCAGAGAAAUUAGCAACUGGACGGAAUGAACCCCAGGGUGCCAGUUCUCCCAUGUUUCUCAAAACAUUGUCACAAAAAUUAGAGCAAGCUUCAUGUUUCCCCAGAACUCUUCCUCAGGGCAACAAAGACAACAAAUCCCUGCAUUGCAUAACAUCCAGUCUGCAGGAGAAUAUUGGAGACCUUGCAAGCUCACUCACUAUUCCGUGACAUAUUUAAUUGUACCUAGAAAAGAAAGUCCCUCAGGGGGUAAGGAUGGGCAAGAGAUUGGAUUCAAUUCUCAUUGAAAGGUGAAUCUAUGUAAUUCAUAGUUUCUGGAAAUGAAAAACUGAAACAGACCUAUCCCUACCCAAUGGUUUAUUAUCAUGAAAUCUUUCUUGUGGUCCAACAUGCCUUGCUUUGUAUUUUCGUGUCUCAAACAUGGUCACUUUGCUAUGAAACUCAGUUAACUCUUGUCUUUUUGUUUCUGGUUUCUGUGUUUUAGACGGGAGGAGUGA